CCAAUGGCAGGGCUCGGAGGCUCUGGCUCCUCCGAGCUUCCGCGAUCGGGCGGGGUGAGUCGGCGGCGUAGCAGCGGUAGCAGGUUCCCGGGCUGUGAACUGUGACGGUAGCGGCUCGGCCCGUGUCUCCGCCAUGGCCUACCCGGGGUUCGGAGCGUAUGGAGGUUACAGUGGUCAGAUGCCAGGAAUGCAAAUGACAGUGGGACAGCCAAUGCCAGGAGCAGUACCAAAUAUGCCUCAUGGAGGAUACUCUGGAUAUUCUGCAUAUUCUGGUACUUACUCUGCUGCUGCUGACCCUAUGUGGACUUACUUCGCUGCUAUCGCUGGACAGUGCUCUGUGGAGAUGCUGAGAGAACAGGAUGCUAGGAACAGAGCAGAGGAACACGAGGAUGGUGAAGUGGAUGCAGAGGAACUACAGAGAUGCUUAACACAGUCUGGAAUCAGUGGGACCUAUUCUCCAUUCAGUUUGGAAACCUGCAGAAUUAUGAUCUCCCUGAUGGAUAGAGAUUAUACAGGAAAAAUGGGAUUUAAUGAAUUCAAAGAACUCUGGGCAGCUCUUAAUGCUUGGAAGCAAAAUUUCAUGAUGAUUGAUCAAGACCGAAGUGGAACCGUGGAACUUCAUGAAUUGGGUCAAGUCAUUGCAGCUAUGGGUUACAGAUUAAGCCCUCAAACACUAACUGCUAUUGUAAAACGUUAUAGCAAGAAUGGCAAAAUCUUUUUUGAUGACUAUGUGGCUUGCUGUGUGAAAUUACGGGCAUUGACAGAUUUCUUCAGAAGACGAGACAACAUGCAACAGGGAUAUGUGAAUUUUGUAUAUGAUGAUUUUUUGCAGUGCACCAUGGCAAUCUGAUGGAAAGCUGCUAAAGGAUAUAGACUCCGACCUGUGAAGUCUUCUGCUGAGAAGAAAUUAACUGAACCUGCUGUGAAUUGAAGCUGUAGCAGACUUCCCCCAUCUUUCUGCCUGUUAAGACAUCCACUUUGAAUAAAUGUUUUGAUUUUAGUGCACAGUUAAGAGCAAUACAUUUUUUUUUCAUUUUUAGUUA